AGGCAAAACUGUCAGAAGGAGAAGCCCUUGUACAACUCACAGAGGCGCAAAAGGAAAUUGAAUUAAAAACCAGUAAAAUGAAAGAUUUGGAGGUUUUGUUGGAGAAAAUGUGCCAAGAGUUGGAUCAAGUCAAGGGAAAAUGGAAAAGCACCAAGCACGCCCACGGGAAAGUCGUUGAGGAAAAGGAACUGUGGAAAAAGUACGCAGAGAAGAUAGAAGACGAAAGAAAAUCCAAUCAGAGAGGACUAGAGCUGGAAAGAAAAGUUUUCAACAAAUUAACCCAAAUUGAAACCCUCCUUAAGAGUGAGAAACAACACCAAAAUAUUGUACUAAGCCAUUUGGACAGUUUCGGGAGCGAUUUAAUAAGUGAGGUUAGAAGUCUACAGACCCUCAAACAAACACAGACUGAUAAGAUCUGGAAACUGGCCUCUGAGACACAAACAGAUGCACCUGAUGAAGAUACAAGUGUUUUGAAAAUCCUUGAACAAGACAAUGCCGAGUUGCAAGAUAAGUUGAACAAGACUGAGUGUGAGUUACAAACCGCUUUAUUGCAAAACUCUACUCUGAGAGGGGUGAUUUUAAAGAUGAAAAGCGACAGAGAAAAUCUAGACAGAGCGAAAGAACUAGAAGAAGAAGACGCGCGAGUCUCUAAAUUAGAGGCUAGCGUUAGGUUGAUAAAGAACAAUUUUGUAAACGGCCAAAAUGAGGUUUGUAUUUGCAGCGCUCUUCAGGACGUCCAAAAAGAAAUCGCUUGUCUUAAGAAUAAAAAUGUCGUGAGCAACAUAGCAACUCCUAGGCCUUUGAAGCCUGCUUUUACAAGGAAGAAAAUAUUAAACGUGUAACACAACGGUAUUUUGUAUAGAUUAGACGAUGUUUGGCUUUAAAAAGUCCCUCCAAAAUGAAGACAUUUUAAUUUGAAUUGUGGUUAAGUCAAAAAAGACUAAUCUUGUUACUAUACCUAUUAAAAUAACCUCAAAACUAAAAUGUUAUUGCUCGGUUAUCUUAUGUAGAUUUGUUAAACUCGAAUUUUUUAACAA